ACUUGAGCUAGGGCUGUAGUUUGCGAUCUUGCGCAUUUCCAUAAGGACUGUAAGGCGUUGUGACUAAACUCGGUUCUGGUAAUUUCUUGGACAUUCUAGUGCAUUGCAUCGCCUCUUUUGCCCAUAGUACCCCGGCAUUAUUUCACCGUUUCAGACGGUUGAUUCAUUUGACUUUGGAAGCCUGUUGCGAAAUUCCAAGAGGGUCAGGCGUCACUUUUACUAGGCGCUCCAGCUUUUCACUCGUCACUGUCUGCCCCGCUAAAUAUUUUCGACGUCUCAACAGACAAGAUCAACCUCCAUAGAUCGACCAUAGAGCCGACACCACUUUCGCAGACGCAAAAGACAUCAGGAAUCUUUUCAGGAUAGACCGGACCAACCAGGCCGGAAUUUUGCAACCAUGGACGGCGCCGGAGAAGAUACUGAAUUGUACGAUCUGCUUGGAUUAGAUAAGUCGGCAAGCUCCAGCGAAAUCAAGAAGGCGUACCGGAAACUUGCCCUCCAACACCACCCCGACAAAGUACCUGAGGGCCAGAGAGAAGAGGCUGAAGCCAAGUUCAAGUCCAUCACACAAGCAUACGAGAUCCUUCGCGAUGACGAAAAGCGAGCAAUGUACGACCAACAUGGCAUGGCCGCCUUUGACCCCAGCAGAGGAGGCGGUAUGGGCGAGGGACCCGACAUCAACGACAUUCUUGCACAAAUGUUCGGCAUGGGAAUGGGAGGAGGCAUGGGGGGUCCAGGCGGCCCACGGCGCCCCCGACGCGGCAACGACGAGGAGUCGCGCUAUGCCGUGAGUUUGGAGGACCUAUACAAGGGUAAAACGGUCAAGUUCGCUGCAAACAAGAAGGUCAUCUGUGGCACUUGCAAGGGCAGUGGAGGCAAGGACAAGGUGAAGCCCACGCAGUGUGAGCAAUGCCACGGCCACGGCAUUGUCGAGAGGCUGCGACAAGUUGGCCCCGGCAUGAUCACCAAGCAAGCGGCCAUGUGCGACAAGUGCGAGGGUGCCGGUAACUACUUCAAGGAGAAGGAGCGCUGCAAGAAGUGCAAGGGAAAGCGGGUGGUCCCGGAAACCAAGCCUCUGGAAAUCUACAUCCCGCGAGGAUCCAUGCAGGGAGAGCGCAUUGUCUUGGAAGGCGAAGCAGACCAGCUUCCUGAUCAAACACCCGGCGACCUUGUUUUCGUCCUGGUCGAGGAACCGCACGACACUUUCCACCGUGUCGGAGCUGAUCUCUCUGCGGAUCUGAACAUCACACUUGCCGAAGCGCUCGGCGGGUUCUCUCGUGUCGUCUUGACGCACCUGGACGGCCGUGGCAUUCACAUCACCCACCCCAGAGGCAAGAUCCUGCGGCCGGAGCAGGUGCUCAAGGUCGCGGGUGAGGGCAUGCCGCCGAAGCGUGGAGACACUAACGGCGACCUGUACUUGAUCGUCAAGAUUGCUUUCCCUGAAGACGGCUGGCUCAAGGAUGACAGCGACCACGAGGCUCUGCGGAAGCUCCUGCCCGGUCCACUUCCGGCCAUCACGGCUGAGGAAGUCGACGAGGUUGAAUUUGAGCACGAUGCCGAUAUCGAAGAUAUGGGCGCUCAGUCGGGGGACCCCCGGUUCCAAGGCGAAUGGGAGGAUGAUGACGAAGACGCAGGGCAGCCCCAGUGUGCACAACAGUAACGAGAUAUGAGAUAUGAUCAUGAAAUACCGGGGGCAAGAUACGCCAGAAACAUCUUCAAUGCACUGUGGUAGUACAGUUUGGGUUUUUGGUUCUCAUAGACAGU